AUGGAGAAUUUAAGUUUUAGUGAGAAAGUGGAAGCGUACUUUUCGGAGUUAGGGCGAUGGAAAGUAUGGCGUAGUAUAGCACUUGGUCAAGUGCUGUCCCUACUCUUGAGUGGAAAAUGUAUUUUAACAACUCUUCUUCAGAGUGCUACCUGGCAGUUUCCAACUACAGCUCAGCUGGUUAUCCCAUAUUUAGCGCUUUUCAUUUUAUUUACCCCAACCUUGAUCUGUAAUGGUGUUAAUAAGUUAUCAAAAAAAUGGUGGAUAGUUAUACUGGCCUGUAUCCUUGAUGUGGAGGCUAGCUGGCUUUUGAUUCUAUCACAAAGAUUUACAUCUGUCUUGAGCUGA